GAUCUGGGGUUUUUUAAUUCACACUUAUUCUCAGCUGGAGAUACUCGGGUGUCGUCUGAGAGCGAUCAAACCCGGGGAUAAUCAUUCUGCGAAAGCGGCUGUUCGUUUCCAUAAUCGCGUGUAUCGAUUCGCCAGGAUGAUAAAUGAAGAAUUUAAGAUGAUUAUUUUUGUUCAGUUCACCGUAAGUACGUUGGUGGUGUGCUUCACCCUUUACAUACUGGUAAUAACGAAAGAGGUAAAUGCGACAUUUGUUAAAAUAAUAGUGUACGCGUGUUCUAUGCUGGUGCAGAUAUUCUUCUUUUGUUGGUAUGGGAACGAAGUGAAACUGAAGAGCCUCGAAAUUCCUAAUGUGAUAUUCGGAAGUGACUGGACGCAACUGAACAAGGAUACUAAAAGGAUUCUGUCGGUGAUUAUGAGGCGUGCUACCAAGUCCAUUGAAUUCACUAGUGGUCAUGUUGUGACUAUGAAUUUGGAGUCAUUUGUAAGCUUGCUUAAAACUUCCUAUUCGGCGUAUAAUGUGCUUCAAAGUGGCCAGGGUUAG